AUGUCUGAAGCUGCAAUAGGGCCUUCAGCCUCCCCGGAGUCAGCUGAGACUCGUGUGCACCGCGUCGCCAGCCUCGAGAGCGCCGCCAAGGGAACGUCCUCCGCCGCCGACCACGACGUCGCCGAGCACUCGCCGCCCCCGCCGCAGUACCCCGUCUCCGAGGCCUCGUCUUCGCCCCGGCCGCCGGCCUUUUCGUCGCUCUUUACAUCGCUAGAGCUCCCAGAGCGACCCGUUCGCAAGUUUCAUCCCGCCGUCGUCUGCGAAGAAGCAACUGCAUCGGGCUCUGUCGCAGCGCCGGCCUACUCGUCCAGCCUCGAAGAGUCUACACCCUUUGACCCCGACCAGGGCGCAGGACGAGCGUUUCAGGACCCUGUUCAGGAGACCAAACGCGCUCUCCCCAACGAUACUAAGGCCGAUUCUAGCGGCAAAGACGACGACGCAGAACCGCCGCCGGCGUAUACCGAAGGAGAUAGCCCGCUUCAAUCCUUUACAUUUCUAAUGGCUGCCGCCGGAGGAACGUCGAGUAUUAUUACUCAGGUCCAGCAGGGUGGACCCCCCAUCAACGCCAUUGGAGAUGUGGGCGCCGAUGAGACUAUUGUGAUGGACCUUCGUGGUACCAGAUUUGUACUAUCCAGAGAUGAGCUGCUCACGCUCCCCGAGUUUGUGCUGCUGUCUCUUUUCCCCAAUGGUCUAUUCCCAGAAGGCCACAUGGGUGGCCCCAACGACGAUGCGGUGCAAGUCGAUUAUGACCCUGUGUCUCUUCAAUACAUGCUCGACUUCUUCCGUGAUGUUGCGCAGUCGAUACCCAUGGACUCGGAGGGCGCUUCAAACGACGGCGACUCGCACGGGCUGGACUCCCGCGAUGACGCGUCUAAGCGAGCCGGUAUCAUUGUUCUCAGAGAAGAUCUUGAUUUCUAUGUCAUUCCUCCUAAAGCGGACAUAACAAAAGCGGAUAUGAUCAAGGUCAAGAGAGCUGCCGCGCAAGCCCUCCAGAAGCAAGACGGCAUCUUUUCCGGCCUGAAGCGCAGUGACGAGCCUGGAACCACCGAGGCACAUCUUAUUGAGAUGCUGACUGCUGGUGGUUUCAACCACGACGACUGCUGGGGCCACCGAGCCGGCGAGCCCAACAAGGCCGUCAUUUGUAGCCUGGCGCUGACCCGGCUGAGAAGCGACAUCCGCGGCAGCGACCUGGGCAACAAUGCGAUGGGUAUGGCGCAGAAGCUCCUGCUGUUUUGGCGCAAGCCCGCGCGACGAUGCUGGUGGGAGGGCAUUGAGCUCGACAAUGUCGACGGCGUCCAGGGUCAGCUCAAGGUUUGGAUCCGACGCGUAUGGACGCUGGAGAUGUCCGUGAUUGGACUCCGCUGA